GUCGCCAAACGCCCCUGGACCAACAGCGGCCGGAUAACGGCAACUCGGGUGACCGAUCGCCUGUGCUGCGGCACUUGGCGGCUUGGCUGGCGGGGCCGGCGGCCACCCGACUUGAGUCUGCGCCACUUGCGUGUCCCAGCGAUGGUGGAAUUCCUUCCGCUUUCAACAAUUUACGACAACCUUUUCUUUCCUUGUUCCAUUGCAUUUCACCGAUAGGUUGAAGUAACGGCCAGUUUCCAUUCAACAACCACACAAAAUUCUUGACGACUGUACAACGCAACGAACCAUGUCGGAAGCUCGCCAGCGGGUCAUGGAGACCAACCGGUCUCUCCGUCUGAUCAAGACGGAACUCGAAAACCUCCUCGAAAAAGGCGUAAUCGACGACACCGCCUUCGACUCCAUCCACGCGCUCCUCCCCGCCGAAGCCUCCCUCGCCGCCCGAAGCAACAACCCAACCCCAGCGCCCUCCUCCACGGGCGGCCUACCCACCCCCGCCCAAUCCAUCUCUCCCGCACCACCAGCCCGCAAUAACAACCCCAACAACAACACCAACCCCCAUCCCGCCCCGCCGUCCUACGCCCAAUCCACCGCCUCCCCGCCCUCCCUCCCAGCACGCAACAACCCGCCCGCCCCUCCCGCCGCGCCAGAAAAGCCCGUCCUCACCCACGCGCGCGCCCUCUACCGCUACGCGGCCAGCGACGCCCGCGACUGCUCCUUCGAGCGCGACGACCGCAUCGCCGUGCACGAGUACAUGAACGCCGACUGGUGGAUGGGCCGCAACCUGCGCACGGGCCAGGAGGGGAUUUUCCCCAGGAGUUAUGUCGUUGCGGUAGCCGGGGGGGAUGGGGGUGAGAAGGGGGGUGUGUCGCCGGUGCCGGUGCAGCAGCAGCAGCAGCAGCCGCAGGGGUAUCAGCAGCCGCAGUAUGCGGGCGCGGGUGGUGGUGGGGGUGGUGGUGGGGGUGGGUAUCCCAUGGCGCCGGUGCCCGUGCAGGGAUAUCCGGCCGCGCCGCCGCCGGGUCAGCCGGUGGUGCCGUAUGGACAGCAGCAGCAGCAGCAGCAGCAGGGGCAGGAGGGAGAGGGGGUUGGUAAGAUGGGGGAGCAUGGGAAGAAGUUUGGGAAGAAGUUGGGGAAUGCGGCGAUUUUUGGGGCGGGCGCGACGAUUGGGAGUAAUAUUGUUAAUUCAAUCUUUUAAGUCGGGGGGUGGGUUGGUUGGGUUUUAAGGAGGGAUGGGUGGGAGGGGGAAUAUGGGACGGUCUAUCAUUU